AUGGGGGCGAAACAAAAGCCGGGCCUCUCAACCGUCUUGAAGCAACAGAAGAAAAAGAAAACCCGAGACAAAGACCAGACAGCCAGAGACAGCCCUCUCUCUCUCUCAUAUCAGAGCUUUCCAUUAAGCUCUGGCCGUCAGAAAAGGGCAGACGGGGUUCCGGGACGGGCCUCAGGGGAGAGCUCAGCUUUGCUUCUUCCCGAUAGAAAAGAAAAGAAACGAGACGAGAAGAGAGAAGAAGAAGAAAAGAAGAAAAAGGAAAAGAACAAGGUCACUGCUCUAACUAUGUUCCCUGGGGUGUAUAAAUAUACUGAUUGA